AUGGCCACUGCAGAGCACAUCAGCAACAGCAACGACGAGAGCAAGAAAGACUGGUCCGCAGCCCAAUACCUCAAGUUCAACAAUGAUCGUACGCGUCCCGUCUACGACCUCGUCAGCCAGAUUGUUCCCCACGUCUCUUGCUCCCAGCCUCGCAUGUACGAUCUGGGCUGCGGCCCAGGCAACAGCACAAAAGUGCUGCACGACGCCUUUCCCACGGCACGCAUCACAGGCAUGGACAGCUCGCCCGACAUGCUUCGGCGCGCGCGUGCCGAUUUCCAGGGGACACCAAACGUCGACUUUGUGCCGGGCGACCUGACCAGCUACCAAGCCGAAGCAGACGCACAUGUGCUCUUUAGCAACGCCGUAUUCCACUGGCUGCGGUGCACAGAGCGCAUGCCGACGCUCGUCCGCCUGCUGCAGGGUCUGUCGCCAGGAGGCGUCCUGGCGCUACAAAUGCCUGAUAAUUACGACGAGCCCUCGCACGCGCUGAUGCGGCUGGUGGCCACGAUGCCAUCGCAGCCGUGGUCAAAGUACUUUGCUUCGACGCGCGUGGGUCAUGUCGCCGAUGCUGGGCGUCCAGAUCUCGAUGCCGUCGAGGCCCCCGCGGCGUUUUACAAUGCCCUCGUGCCUUAUGCGAGCAGUGUCAAUGUCUGGCGUACGCAAUUCCACCAUGUACUCAAGGAUGCUGCCGCCAUUGUCGAGUGGGUCAAGGGGACGGGCUUGCUCCCGUAUCUGAACAGGAUCGAGCAUGAGGAUGCGAAGAAGGCUUUCCUCGCAGAGUACCAAGGCCGGCUGAAGGAAGCAUAUCCGGAAAUGUCGGAUGGAAACGUCUUGCUCGUGUACCCGCGCCUGUUCAUCGUUGCUGUCAGGAAGUGA